AUGAGUGCUCGUCAGUUGUCAGAUAUUGAAAAGAAAAGUCCUCAGAUCCGUAGUAGAUCUGACGAGCUCUGGAAACUGUUUAUAACUCGCGACUUUCCUGAUAGGCCAGUCAGCGAGUCUCAUAACCGAAGGGCAUAUGCUCAAUACUAUAAAGAAAAAGAGGCUCAUUUGAAAAAUGCCAGCUCGAGACUACGUGAGAGUCUCGAAAAGAUCAAGCAAGAGAAAGCUUCAAGAACCAUCACCUCCCUCGAAGUAGAUCCGCAAUCGCUACGAGCAGCUGCUCGAAGGAAAGCAUCAAGUUCAGCGCCAGCAGGAUCGCGGCUGAUCCAAAAAGCGUUUAAUUCUGCUAGAACAAAGGGCCCACUAUUUUCAUCGCGGAACACGAAAUUUGCCAGUAUGGGAAUGGGUUCUAUAAACGGACUACCACCAGGCAUACCAGGAGCUAUCAGAGCACCACGAUCAAUUCCUCCCCCGGCCAUGAGAAACGUACCAACACCAUCUCCUCUAUCAAUGCCCCUCAACGCGAGAGUCAGACCAACAGGCCCUGUAAGUCCAUUAAAACCAGCUGUCGCCACCAAACCUCAUCCUACCAAGCAAACCGCUCAAGAAUCUGCCAUAAUAAACUCACCGGACAAUCGCAAAAAGCCCAAAAUAGACACACCACCGACCACGCCAACCAUCGCACCCGCGACUCGCAAACGGCCCAACAGCAGCAUCUUCCUCCAGCGACGCAAGUAA